UGGGCGGCGCGGGGGCGGCAUGAGGGCCAGCGGCCCGGGGGGCUGAGGCGCCCGUCGCCUGCCGCGCGAACAGCGCGCGUCCUCCAUGGAGGCCGGAGAGGAACCUCUGCUGCUGGCAGAACUCAAGCCCGGGCGCCCCCACCAAUUUGAUUGGAAGUCAAGCUGUGAAACCUGGAGUGUCGCCUUCUCCCCAGAUGGCUCCUGGUUUGCCUGGUCUCAAGGACAUUGCAUCGUCAAGCUGAUCCCUUGGCCACUGGAGGAGCAGUUCAUCCCUAAAGGGUUCGAAGCCAAAAGCCGAAGCAGCAAAAAUGAUACAAAAGGACGAGGGAGCCCAAAGGAGAAGACACUGGACUGUGGUCAGAUUGUUUGGGGUUUGGCCUUCAGCCCGUGGCCUUCUCCACCCAGCAGGAAACUCUGGGCACGCCACCACCCCCAAGUGCCAGACAUCUCUUGCCUGAUCCUUGCCACAGGGCUUAAUGAUGGACAGAUCAAGAUUUGGGAGGUGCAGACAGGGCUUCUGCUUUUGAAUCUUUCUGGCCACCAAGACGUUGUGAGAGAUCUGAGCUUCACACCCAGUGGCAGUUUGAUUUUGGUCUCUGCAUCACGGGACAAGACUCUUCGCAUCUGGGACCUGAAUAAACAUGGUAAACAGAUUCAGGUGUUAUCAGGUCACCUCCAGUGGGUUUAUUGCUGCUCCAUCUCCCCUGACUGCAGUAUGCUGUGCUCYGCAGCUGGAGAGAAGUCGGUCUUCCUCUGGAGCAUGCGGUCCUACACACUAAUCCGGAAGCUAGAAGGCCACCAAAGCAGUGUUGUCUCCUGUGACUUCUCUCCAGAC